GGAGCCGGGCGUGGAUUGGCUGCGUGCGUAAGUCGGCCUCUCUUCAUAGGCUGCGCAGGGCUGCUCGCGGGACUUGGAUUGGCUCCCCGGGCGCUGAGCGGUCAUUGGCUGCGGUGGGUCGUCAAGGCGACUGAGAGGAAAAAAAGAGAAGGGGUUCGGGGCCUGGCCGGCGUACCGAGGCUGCGGGUGGCUGGGCGGUUCCACGGGGCGGUGUUCGGAGAGCUGCGGGGCCCGGGCCCCCGGGGUUCACGCCACAACUCCAGGAGGUGCCUCAGCCAGCGCGCCGGCGAGGAGUAGCGGCUAGUGGGACCCCGCGGGCCGGGACCAUGGGCUGCUUCUUCUCCAAGAGGCGGAAGGCUGAGAAGGAGUCGCAGCCGGAGGGCGAGGAGGAGCGGCCGAAGCAGUACAGCUGGGACCAGCGCGAGAAGGUUGAUCCGAAAGACUACAUGUUCAGUGGACUGAAGGAUGAAACAGUAGGUCGCUUACCUGGGAAAGUGGCAGGACAACAGUUUCUCAUUCAAGACUGUGAGAACUGUAACAUCUAUAUUUUUGAUCACUCUGCUACAGUUACUAUUGAUGACUGUACUAACUGUGUCAUUUUUCUGGGACCGGUGAAAGGUAGUGUGUUUUUCCGGAAUUGCAGAGAUUGCAAGUGUGCAUUAGCCUGCCAACAGUUUCGUGUGCGGGAUUGUAGAAAGCUGGAAGUCUUUUUGUGCUGUGCCACUCAGCCCAUUAUUGAAUCUUCCACGAAUAUCAAGUUUGGCUGUUUUCAAUGGUACUACCCUGAAUUAGCUUUCCAGUUCAAAGAUGCAGGGCUCAGUAUCUUCAAUAAUACCUGGAGUAACAUUCAUGACUUUACACCUGUGUCAGGAGAACUCAAUUGGAGCCUUCUUCCAGAAGAUGCUGUCAUUCAGGACCAUGUUCCUCUACCUACUACCGAAGAGCUCAAAGCUGUCCGCCUUUCCACAGAAGCGAGUAGAAGUAUCGUUCCAGUGUCCCGGGGUCAGAGACAGAAGAACAGUGAUGAGUCAUGCUUAGUGGUAUUAUUUGCUGGUGAUUAUACUAUCGCAAAUGCCAGGAAACUAAUUGAUGAGCUGGUUGGUAAAGGCUUUUUCCUGGUUCAGACAAAGGAGGUGUCAAUGAAAGCUGAAGAUGCUCAAAGGGUUUUUCGGGACAAAGCACCUGACUUCCUUCCUCUUCUGAACAAAGGUCCUGUUAUUGCCUUGGAGUUCAGUGGAGAUGGUGCUGUAGAAGGAUGUCAACUUAUUGUCAAUGAGAUAUUCAGUGGGACCAAGAUGUUUGUAUCAGAAAGCAAGGAUGCGGCAUCUGGAGAUGUAGACAGCUUCUACAACUUUGCUGAUAUACAGAUGGGAAUAUGAAGUGCAAGGUGGAAUAAAGGACUUGAUUUUAAGCCCUUUUCAAUUUGUGUAUUAGCAAUGUUUUUUUUGUUUGUUUG